AUGAGCAGCGCCCUGCCGCCCGAAGUUGCGGCUCAGGCUCAGGCGAGACGGGAAUUGGCCGCCAACCUGGGGAAGUUGCAAAAACUGCUGCUGGCGCUCGCAAAGAUGCUGCCUCUCGGAAGCGGUGCUCGUCCCGUGGAGGAGGUUUUGGCCUAUUUGCAGAAGGAGGAUGCCCCUCGUCUCGCCAGUCUGGUGGAGGACCUGAAGCAAGAGGUUCACGGGGCCGGCGAUGUGAACGACGAGGAGGCGGCGAGGUGGAAGGAGCAAGGAGCCAAGGCCUACGAGAUGGGGAAAACGGACGAAAGCGUGCUCAUGUACACCCGUGGGGUGAUGUAUGCCAGUCAGGACGACACCCUAGCCUCAAUCCUCUAUAACCGCAGCACCGUCUUUUUGAACCAAGCACGCCUUCUGGAGGCGCUGGCAGACGCCCAUGUGGCCUUCACCUUAAUGCCAAAUAACUGGAAGGCAUUGGAGCGUCGUGGUGUGUGCUUGCAAAAGUUGGGAUUUGAGGAAGAGGGUAAAGCAGAUAUUCACGCAGCAGAUACUGUAAGUGUGGAAUCCGCAAAUACAGCCAAGGUGAUCGCAAACAUUUUACAUGUUGAUGGUGGCAGGUGCGAAGAUGGGGCAAUGACCUUACUGGGAGGAGGGGUGUCUUCCCCUCAUCCGAAUAAUACCACGUACAACGACAACUUGAAAGGGGUAGAGGCAAGAAUUCGUUUGGAGCCUGGAGCAAUUUUCACGGAAACACCCGUUGUCCAUGCGUUAUAUGAUGAUCAUUGGGGUAUACGCUGUAGCUACUGCUUACGCGUGACACAAGCCUUGUAUCCUGGAACUGCCUAUCGUGAAAAAGGAAAGUUGUCUCGAGGACUCUUUUGUAGCGAAGCGUGUGCCCGCCUCUGUUGGGAACGCUAUGGUCAAUACGAGAGCGCAAACCCCUUCUUUCAAAUAUGCCCGAUCGAUGCCCUGGUUGCAAGUCGUAUGUUGUGUUCUGAAGAUGCAGUCUUACGGUGUCAGUCGCUUCGUGGGGACUUUACAGGUGAGUUGUACCCUGUGGCUGUCAUUGGGGGCUAUGAAACUGCUGUGAGCCUCUCUGCACUCUUGCUAGACGCAGUGCGUGUAAAGGACGCGGAUCACCUGCGGUUUGCCCAGCGUCAAGUCUUAUUGUGCAGCUUCGAGAUAAAGUUCUACGCGGGGUCACAGGUUGCGAUAGAUCCGGAAACUCGAGAGGCGCUUAUUGCUGAGUCGCGACCGAUACCCGUCGGGAAGGCGCUGUAUGCGUCUGCCGCACAGUAUCGUCACUCUUGUGACCCAAACUGUUUUGCCUCAUUUGUAGGGAAUCCGCUUGGCUGCUCGCUUUAUCUCGCCAUUCGUGCCAUACGACCUGUCCGUGCGGGCGAGGAGCUUACCAUUGCCUACCAUAACAUGACAACAUACAAGGCCGUGAGCGCUCAGUUCCGGCGCCGUGCCCUUGCUGAACGCUGUGGCUUCAUAUGUAACUGCAAGGCAUGUCUUGAAAACAAAGAUGAACGUGUGACCGUCGAAAAGAAGGGUUAUUACAUUCAGGCAAGUGAUUUGUAUCAAAAAGGUUGUCGUUUGAUUCGUGAAGGCCAGUAUGAUGUUGCUGUCACGGUUCUGUCACAGAGCUAUACUAUUGCCAUGGAGCAAUUGUGCCCUCCGCCCCGACCCCCACAGUCCAUGAUUCCAAAAACGCACAUGGCUCUUGCGAGAGCAUUUAAUCACCUAAAGGAUAACAAGAAAUGUGUGGAGCACCUGCUUGCCAAGAUAGAGUUGGACCGGCAACUCUACGGUGUAACACAUUUGGAGUUUAUAGACGAUUACAUUCGUCUUGCUUACUUUGCACCCACCGAGCAGGAGAGGGGGGAAUUUGCGCAACAAGCGAAGUCCCUUCUGUCUCGCUUCUAUGCCCCAUCGAAGGAGCUACUUGCACAAAUGGGUCGAGUAGAUUUGUUUGUGGCACGAACAUGGUCUUAA